AUGAAACUCGGCCAAGCACGAAUAACGCUCAAUGUUGACAAAACUGUGCAAGGUCCAGGCCAGAUCGGUCUGGCACUGCAGCGCGGACGGUGCGGUGUGUUUGGAGCACUCCCAAACCUGGCAGUGCAAAGCGAAACGUCGGCUCGCAGAUCAGGAGAGCCGGCAAUCCCAGACAUGCCCAAUGAGGACAAAUCUUCUGCCUUGUUGUUCCUCGAUGAUGACGAUGAGCCACCCGAGGAAGGCCCUGACGCCAGCGCCGUCUCAUUCACCGUCCAGUACAAGCCCUACCAACUAUAUCCGGAUGCGCCCAAAGAGGGCCAGCCGAAACAGGAAUGGUUCAAGAAGAGUCGCUAUGGAGACACACAGCUGAAGAUGAAGACAUACGAGGCGAUUAUGACGGCAUACGGUAACAGUGCGGGCAUCAAGUACAAGUUUGGUGGCACGAUCGCAAACACCAUGGAUGCGCAUCGCGUGAUACAGCAUUUCCAGGAGGAAAAAGGGCCAGAGACCGCGGAUAAGAUGAUAAAUUCGCUGUAUGCUCAGUAUUUCGAGAACGAGAAGCAUCCAUCGGCUGACGAGACGUUGUUGAAAGCGGCCACCGAUGCUGGCGUCCCUGAGGCCGAAGCGAAAGCAUACAUCGCCGAUCACGACGAAGGCCUCAUGGAUCUCAAGAAUUCAAUGCGUGAGCAAGCCGGCAAUGGGGUCGAUUCUGUACCCUACAUCAUCUUCGAGGGCAAGCGAAGAGACAUCACCUUGGUGGGAGCCCGAGACGUGGAAGAGUACGAGAAAGCAAUCGCUUCGAUCGUCAAGGAGAGUAAGUAG